AUGGCCGGCAAGCCAUUAGCUCCGGCUAAUGGUCUUCCCCCUCUUCUCAGUCCGAGAGGGAGGGAAGGUGGGGGGAAUGUGAGUGGUUCGGGUGAGGGUGGUGUUGGAGCGGGUGCCCUUGGUGAUUUGGGGGGUGGUGAGUGGCCUGUUCUUGGUGGUUCUGUAGGUGGUGCUGAUGUUUUGGGCUUGGAUGAUUCGGUGGUGCAAGGUGAAGGCAAUGGUGGUAGGCUGCUGCAUGUUGGAGGUCCUUCGGCUGUGGGGGAAAAUAUUCUUGUUUUGGAUGAUCCGUUGGAGGAGGGUGCUGGUUCUGGAGUUCUUUUACAGCAGCAGGAAGGUUCUUCAAUUGGUGCAUAUGAGAAGACAAGGAAGAAUGUUGGUGUUCCAUGGUCAGCCCUCUUUUCCUCUUCUUCUCCUUCGAUGUAUGGAGAUGGGCUGAAACUGUCUUAUAUUGAACCUGAAGAGAUUGAUGGUGCUUUGGCUGCGAAAUGCCCGGAUUCGAUGAUUAAGAAAGGUCUUGAGAAGUGGAAGAACACCCUUAUGGGUCAUUUUAUCGGGGGCAGACCUAGCUUCACCUUUGCUCGUGAUAUGCUGUUAAAACAAUGGAGAAUUUCAGGCCAUGUGGAUAGGAGACCAUUGAUUUUGUGCCCUUGGAGUCUUAAGGUGUGCUUGGAAAGAGUUGAUUUAUGCUCAGUACCGGUUUGGGUGUCCCUUCCAAAUCUUCCGUUUCAUUACUGGUCUGCUGAUGCGUUGAGUUCGAUUGGGAGUGUGAUUGGGAAGCCUAUUGUCACUGAUAAAAUGACCCGGUCUAUGGAGAGGCUAUCUUAUGCCCGAUUAUGUGUGGAAGUUUCUGCAGAUAGGGAUCUUCCCUCUUCUGUUCCAGUCUAUGGAGAUGACGGUCUUGUUUUUUAUCAAAAAGUUGUUUAUGAUUGGAAGCCCCCUCUUUGUAAGCAUUGUAGAGUUUUUGGCCAUCUCUUAGAUAAUUGUUUGUUUGGCAAACAAGACUCAAAUAUGAAUAAGUCACGGUCAAAGAAGGAAUGGCGAGUGAAAGGUGUUGCCGGAAAUAAUGGAGGUGCCAUGGGUGGCGGCAAUGGAGACGGGCAGCAGGUUCAUAAUGAUGAAGUAGGAGAUGAACAGCCGGAUAGUGGAGCUGGUGCAAAUACAAAGGGAUUGGAUUCGGUUUCCUUAAUUUCUAUCAAGAAUAAAGGGAAUGGGAGUUUCAAAUCUGCAGGGAAUCAUCCGAAGAUCAGGGAGCUGUCUCAAUCUAAUCCUUUUGCCAUUUUGGAAGAUCUUACGGGGGAGGUGCAUUAUGAUCCUGAAGAUUUAAUGCUGGAUUCGGAAUCAUGUGCUAUUUUAUUAGGGAAUGAAUUACUUGAGGGAGCAGAUUUUGAGGAGGAUAUUCAACCCAAUCCAUUAGCAAUUAUUCCUAAGGAGAAAGAUGGAGUCAUUGGAGAGUUUUGUGGGGAGAAUCCAAUCUAUAAUGGUAAACAUGUUAGUGUGGAGCUGGCUAAGGCAAAAUCCGUGGAAGAUAUUAGAGAAGCAACAGAUUCUGCUGAGGUGGCGCCUAAUCAUUCAAUGAGACAAACUCCAAUUCAAAUUCAAAGGAAUGGUGCGGCCCAUAUGGAAGGAGAUAACUUAUUGGAGGAUUCUAUUCUAUCAAAUGAGAAGGAGUCAGCCCCUAUGAAAUCUCUCACUAAUUUUGAUAAACUUAGAAAGCAAUCUGCUGAGAUUCGUGCAGCUCAAGGGCAACUGGGGAAAGGUUGGGACCCGAAUUUUUAUGAUGUGGUUUUGGUGCAAAAAUCCAAACAGUUCAUACAUGCUAAGGUGUCAAUUGUGGGUACCUCGGUGUUUUUCUUUUGUACUGUUGUUUAUGCUCUUAAUUCUGUGGUGGCUAGGAAGGAAUUGUGGGAGGAUGUUGGGGCUAUUGCUAGUGCCAUUAUUAACCCUUGGGCUGUACUAGGGGAUUUUAAUGUGAUUCGAAGUAACAAUGAAAAAAUUGGAGGGGACCCUGUUCGGAUUGAAGCUAUGGAUGAUUUUAAUUCGUUUAUAGAUGGUGCUGGGCUUCUAGACUUGAAAUGGAAAGGGGAGGCUUUGACCUGGAAUAAUAGACAAGUGGGAGAUGCAAGAAUUUGUUGCAAGCUUGAUAGGGUUCUGGUCAAUUUAGCUUGGAUGGAUGUGUUUAGAUCCUCUGAUGCAAUCUUUUACCCUCCUGGGCUUUCUGAUCAUUCUCCAAUGGUGGUGGCUGUGGGGUGGGAGCAGCCUGUGAAUUUGGCUCUUAAUCCCAUUCUUAAGUUUGCGGCCAGAUUGAGGAAUGUCAAAAAAGGGUUGAGGAGCUGGAAUAAGGAGUGUGUGGGGGAUGUUUUUCUUGCAGUAAAGGAGGCUGAGGCUGAUUUGUUUCAGAUCCAGAGGCAGCUUAGUGAGCACCCUGAUGAACCGAAUUUGGUGCUGAUGGAGAAACAGGCUAAAAAGAAACUUUGGGAGGCUUUGGCUACUGAAGAGAAAUUUUUGAAAGAAAAGUCAAGGGUGAAACACAUUCAGUUGGGGGAUGGUAAUAAUAGCUUUUUCUACAAAUCUGAAAGCCUUACUAGGAGAAUCUCUAAUAAGGAGAUUAUGGAGGUUGUGUUUGCUUUUAAGAAUUCUAAGGCUCCAGGACCAGAUGGUUUUGGAGCAGCCUUUUACAAGCAUUCAUGGGAGAUUGUGGGAGAAGAUUUGACUCUGGCUGUAAAGUGGUUUUUCAUGAAGUCUUACCUUCCUAGUUCGGUUAAUGCUACUUUUAUCUGCCUUAUCCCUAAGACAGGAGAUGUAACCUCAUUUGCGGGAUAUAGGCCUAUAGCCCUUUGCAAUCUCUUUUACAAAAUCAUUACCAAAGUGUUAUCCAAUAGGCUGCAAGGAGUGAUUGGGCAGGUGGUCAGUGACUGUCAAUCUACUUUCAUCAAGGGCAGGCCAUUGGCUUUGGCUAAUGGUCUUCCUCCUCCUCCCAAUCCUGGAGAAGGGGAGGCAGGGAAUGUUGAUGCUUUUGAUGGAGGUUCAAGGCAGGCUAGGGACUGUGAUGUUGUGGAGGCUGGGGCGGCUACUGGUUUGGAGUUGGGGGGUUCCUCUUCGGGGGUGGUGGUGCAAGCAUUGCUUCAGGUGCUAGUACGAAUGGUUUGA